GCGAAUGUCAGUCGAUACUCGUUCUGAUCGUGAUCCCGUCUUUUAUGAUCAUGAUCAUUUUGCAACUGAAUUGAAGGUGAAACUUUUGAUGUCGAUCAUCGCCUGAGUUCACAAGAUUCACGAGUGCUUUCCGUGCUUGUCUCGUCCCACUAUCACCUAUCUGUUCCUCGAAAUUGGCUGGAAUUGCCUAUUUAAUGCGUUCUUCGACGUCCACGCCUUGAUUGUUCCGACUUCGACUGUUCCCAUACCUCUCAGACUCUCAGCGCAACAUUUGGUGAUUGAAAGAUGUCUUCCUUCAUCGCUCACGUCAGCCUCCAAGAUCUAUCAGUCUACACGACACCACCAUCUUCAUCGCCAGCAUCAUCUGCAUCUGCAACUACCACCGUAUCUACUGGGGAAACACCCGUGCUAAGAGCAGCUUCAGACGCACGAUCAAAAGGCUACGAAGCCAUCGCGAUUCCUUUGACCAAUGAUAAAUGGAAAGCGAGGUGGAGCGAGAUGUGUUUAUUGCCUACGGGCGAUAUCCCUGAUCGACAGAGUUUGGAGGGACAGGCGGAAGCUUGGAGGAGUAACCCUGCGUUCAUGAGGAAUGAGGUUACGAUAACGAGGUUAGCCAACAGACGAAGGAUAGUCGAAAGAGAUCUACUAGCACGGAGUAACCAGCCGAAGGGACAGGCUCUAUUUAAGAAGGGAUUAUCGUUAUGAACCUAAAUGAUAGUCUUCCCUGGACCCUUGAGAGUGGUCAAACCUGGGUUACUCACGCUACUUUGUGAUCGUUAUAGAUGAAGCUGAAGGAGUUGUUGCGUUCGCUUCCGAAUGGCUCGAACUGGACGCCUCAGACGACUGGGUUCGCCAUGACGCCGAAACUUGUCUCAUAUCCCUCCCUACCCCUCCUUAGGCCCUCCUCCAAGAACUCGCAUACGCAUCGUAUUUAAACGUUCACGCAGUUAUCCUACCCUCACCUAGAAAUCGUGCCCAUGUUGCCUCAUUUGCUAGGGCAGUCAAUGCUGCACUCAAAGCAAUACCAUAUAUGCAAUUGAGUGUAAGGAUACCCAUUUAUGACCGCUCGUUAAUGCAGUUGGCUGCUGCUGCCAGUGGCGUGGCUUCACCGAAUUCCCCUGGAACCUCCUCGUCUCCGAAUGGUGGAAAGGGAAACCCAUUUAUCGGAUCUGGGGCAGGUGAAGUUUCAGACCAGCCUUCUAUUGCUAGUUGGGAAAUGUGGGACACUAUUCGGACGAUUUGUGAAUACAAUGUUCGAUUAAGCCUUACUUUGGAUCUUACACCUCCGUUACCUGCUGAUCUGGCUGUGUUAAGACAAUGGGUGGCGGAACCGACUAGGUUCCUUUUUCUACCUGUGUCAACAUUCAUUGCCAACGCGAAAGGAUACCCCGUGCUACCGAAGCCCACUCAAAAGUUCACUCGCGAUAUCAUGAAGAUUCAACCAAACGUUAUCCUUUCUGGCACUUCUUCAGGACGACAUGCCAAAGGCGGCGAAGCCGCCUAUUCACAGUAUGUUCGACAUUUGGAAAAGACGAGUCCUUCUGUGAAGGCCGCCCAUACCCCUGGUACAGUGGAGAACUUUGCUCAAGGAUACCAGGAUUAUUUGCAAGCUCCUCUUCAGCCUUUGAUGGAUAAUCUGCAAAGUGUCACCUAUCAAACAUUCGAACAAGAUCCUGUGAAAUAUCGGAAUUAUGAAGAGGCUAUCUUCCGGGCAUUGUCCGAAUGGCCCAGACCCGGACGGAUAGUCAUUUGUGUUGCAGGUGCAGGAAGAGGUCCUUUAGUUGCAAGGUGUCUAACGGCUAUUGAGCGCGCCAAGAAAGAGGCGUUCGUUUAUGCAGUUGAGAAGAACCCAAAUGCACUUGUGACGUUACAGGACCGGCUGCGACUUGAAUGGGGCGACAAAGUUAAGAUUCUCUUUGGGGAUAUGCGUACGCUUGAAGUCCCAGAACAGGUCGAUAUCCUUGUUAGCGAGCUCUUGGGAUCCUUCGGUGAUAAUGAACUCAGUCCAGAAUGCCUCGACGGUGCUAUGAGGUUCUUGAAGCCGGACGGUAUCUCGAUACCGGCAUCCUAUACUGCCCACCUAGCUCCACUGUCUUCUUCGAAGUUGUAUAAUGAGACUCGCGUGAGUAAAGACGAGAAGGCAGUGGAGACACCCUAUGUCGUCAUGUUCCAAUCCAUUAACAUCCUGAGUGGAGAUGGUGGUGGUGUCAGUGGUGAAUGUGGACCUCAAGUACAAGAAUGCUGGGAGUUUGAGCACCCCAGACGUGAUGCUGUCUUGAAUGCGCAAGGUUUACCGUUUACCAAUAGCCAUAACACGAGAUUUGCCAAGUUGACAUUUCACAUACCACAUGCGAGUGUCCUACAUGGCUUCGGAGGUUACUUCGAAGCAGUGCUCUAUGGUUCCGUAGGGCUGAGUAUACACCCUCAGCGAAUGGACAAAAUUUCAAAAGACAUGCUCAGCUGGUUUCCGUUGUUUUUCCCUUUGAAGGAGCCACUAUACUUGCCCAGCAAUUGCGAACUGCACGUGUCCAUUUGGAGACUAACAAAUGAACGGCAUGUCUGGUAUGAAUGGCAUGCUGAGGCUUUCUUACCACUGCCUGUGCUGUUGGAUGGGGAGCUUUCGCAGGAACGGAGGAGAAAAGGCACAUCAUCCUUAUCUGCGACUCCGUCAAUAGCCGCCAGCUCCCUUGCUGAUGCGGAUGACACGCUAUUUGUCUCUUCUCCCAGCCGUAUCAUGUUCGAACCGCUUCAGGAGGAGCCUAGUGGUGCACGUUUUGGGUUGAUAAAGAUAGGACAGACGGCGUUGCAUAACCCUCGGGGUCGGAGUAGUUGGAUUGGGCUCUAGCAAGACGAUUGCUAUAUACUUCUUCUGUAUCGUUGUGGUUACGUUUUCUUGUAUGAUGCUCUUCGGUUCAUGUAAUAUUUUUCCAUGGGCCCGAGCCUCGCUCGUCGAUGGACGGACUUUGCAACUGUCGUUGGAGGGUGCCUUCUUGAGUGUUUGCCGAACGUGGGCAGAUUGAUCCGCGAAUCGAACUCCGCCCUUAUAAGAAGGUUGGUGUCUUGUUCCCCCG